GCCCUCGAACAUCCUCUCGUCGGGGGUGGAGGGGGGGGGGGGGAUCCCGCCGUCGUCCUCCCGCGGCAGAGAGACACCGCGACGCAGCGAGGAACUGUGCGGCGUCAUUGGCUCUCUCUCCCUCUCUGUGUCGGAUGCGAGGGCCUGAGGAAACGCACACACACACACAGAGAGAGAGAGAGAGAGGGAGAGAGAGAGAGGGAGAGUGAGAGAGGGAGAGAGAGAAGGGGCUGAGUCAACCUCACCCGCGAGAACUACCCUUCCUACAUUUUUCCUUCGCAGAUACUCCCCCACUCCCAACUUUCGGCUCAUUCUCGCUCCGCGGCCCCGGACUCGCGAUGGUGAGGUGGUUCCACAGGGACAUCAGUGGGACGGAAGCCGAGAAACUCCUGAAGGCCCGGGGCGUCCAUGGAAGUUUCCUGGCCCGGCCGAGCAAGCAAAACCCCGGGGAUUUCUCACUCUCAAUAAGAGUUGGUGAACAGGUCACCCACAUCAGAAUCCAAAACACGGGCGAUUACUACGACCUGUACGGGGGGGAGAAAUUCGCCACCCUGUCCGAGCUGGUGCAGUACUACACAGAGCAGGAGAACAUUCUGCAGGACAAGGAUGGGACCAUCAUCGACCUCAAAUACCCCCUCAACUGCUCGGACCCCACCAACGAGAGGACGCGAAGCGAAUUAAAUACCACGUCCCCCCCUCCCCAAAACCACCCACCCCCUCCCAAACCUUCACCCCAACCCAUCCUUUUACCCCCACCGCCCAUGCCCCCCCAUCCCCGUAACACUGAACCGCGCUUCCUUUGA